AUGGCUUUUCCCUGCCGCAGGUCCCUGAAUCCCAAGACUCUGACCCUCCUUCUGGUGGGUGUGAGUUUCUUGGCCCUGCACCUCUGGUUCCUCCAAGCCUCCAGGUCCCAGCGGGAGAAGAUGUGGGAUGGCUCUACGGAGGCUGCCCCUGCUGCCUCUGCGGCCGUGCAGCCGUCGGCGUUCAGUUCAGGGUCCCCAUGUGUGGCCAACGACUCGGUCAACGCCACGGUCGGCUUCGAGCAGCUGCCCGCACGCAUCCAGGACUUCCUGCGGUACCGCCACUGUCGCCGCUUUCCCCUGCUCUGGGACGCGCCAGCCAAGUGCGCGGGCCGCCGAGGGGUCUCCCUGCUGCUGGCGGUCAAGUCGUCGCCCGCCAACUACGAACGGCUCGAGCUCAUCCGCCGCACGUGGGGGCAGGAGCGCCGCCUCUUCCUGCUGGGCUCCCCCGCGCGCGACGACGCCGAGAGCGCAAGCCGGUUGGCGGCGCUGGUGGCGCUGGAGGCGUGCGAGCAGGGCGACGUGCUGCCGUGGGCCUUCACCGACACCUUCCUCAACCUCAGGCUCAAGCACCUGCACCUGCUCGACUGGCUGGUCGAGCGCUGCCCGCACGCGCCCUUCCUGCCCAGCUGUGACGACGACGUCUUCGUGCACACCGCCAACGUGCUCCACUUCCUGGGCACGCAGCGGCCCGAGGGCCACCUCUUCGCCGGGCAGCUCAUGGACGGCUCGGUGCCCGUCCGCAACAGCUGGAGCAAGUACUUUGUGCCCCCGCAGCUCUUCCCCGGGGAGGCCUACCCGGUGUACUGCAGCGGCGGCGGCUUCCUCCUGUCCCGCCACACGGCCGGGGCCCUGCGCGUGGCCGCCCGCCGCACCCCGCUCUUCCCCAUCGAUGACGCCUACAUGGGCAUGAGUCUGAAGCAAUCCGGCCUAGCGCCCAGCAGCCACCAGGGCAUCCGGCCCUUCGGCCUGCAGCUGCCCGGCGCCCCCAAGUCCUCCUUCGACCCCUGCCUGUACCGCCAGCUGCUGGUCGUGCACGGCUUCGCGCCCUACGAGAUGUUGCUCAUGUGGAAGGCGCUGCACAAUCCUGGGCUGAGCUUUGGCUGGGGAUAGAGGAUCUCCUGAGGACAGGCGGGCCGUCCGCGGGAGGAUGAGCAGCCUCCACAUCUGACGCUUUCCGUGCUGAGAAGGCAUCCUCCCUGCUCUGGAUACCUUCGAUCCCACCCAGCUCGGUGCCCCCGAACCCCAGCUACACACUGUAAUCGCCUGGGUGGCGGUCGGAAGGGCCUGGGUCCUGGCCCCAUCUCCACAGUUUCUGACUCUAUCGGCCUGGGGUGUCCUCACACAUCUGGGUAUUUCUUAAGUUCCUCAGAUGAGCCGAAUGUGCAGCUAGGAAUGAAGCCCACUGGGCAAGGGAUGGCUUUUAACCCUCCAAACCCAGCUCCAUUGCCCCCUGUAGGAGCCUGCGAGCGCCCCCUGCACUGAGUCCGUGUGGGCGGUGGAGUCAGGAUCCAGUGUCGCCUGUUGGGUGCAGUACACGGGUGGUCGUUGUCAUCAUUCACUCCAGAGUGAGUACAGAUGGAGCUGGACUGACGGUCAGCAGAUGGAUUCCCUACCCCAGAAGUCAGUUCACACUGGGGACCUGGAAAGCA